UAGAGCGAGAAAUGGCAAUGGCGACGAACGGCGAAGCGAACCCCGUGCCAAAGCCUUCGGUGUACCUGGACGACAUGGAAGAAUUGCGGAACGUCUUCAAAAGGUUCGAUGCAAACGGCGACGGCAAGAUCUCGGUGACCGAGCUGGUUCAAGUUAUGGACGCCCUCGGCUCCAACACCUCCGAGUCCGAGGUGAAGCGAAUGAUGGAGGAGAUCGACACCGACCGCGAUGGCUUCAUCAAUCUCGAUGAGUUUGCCAGCUUCUGCAAAUCCGCCGGCCACGGCGACGACGGCGUCAGGGAGCUGAAGGAAGCGUUUGAGCUCUACGAUCAGAACAAGAACGGCCUCAUCUCCGCCACUGAGCUUCACCAGAUCCUGAACCGCCUCGGCGAGAAAUGCUCCGUCCAGGACUGCACCAGAAUGAUCCAGACCGUCGAUUCCGACGGCGAUGGCCAUGUUAGCUUUGAAGAAUUCAAGAAGAUGAUGUCCAAAAAGUCUAACCUCAGUAGUAAUGGAGAUUCCUGCUAGAAAUAGCAUGGAUGGAUCCAUCCAGGCCCUACCUAUAUAUAUAUAUAUAUAUAUGUAGAGAGAGAGGAUACCUUCAGCCGCAUGGUACGUAAUUUGAUUUCUGCCUGCGAGCGUAUAUAUACAGCUUAUCUUUUUCUCUGAUGCCGACUUCUCUCUUUGUGUAUUUCAAUUUCAGUUACGCAAUGGUUGGAAGGAGUGAAUUUAUGAAUCAA